AUGAUCACCCUCAUCUGUCACCACACCCCCCAGCUCUUCCGGGCAACUGCCCCUGGUCAGCAGCCAUUUGCCUGCACGGACUCAUUCAUCUGCAAGUUCCUUUUCCAGGAGCUUGGGUGGGUCCCCAGGGUCUUGACUCGCGCUGCUCAGAAGUCUUCUGCUGAUGCUCAGCAGAAGAUCUUCAAGCUCUUUGUUCGGCUCUCCCUCUGGGUGCAUGACUCAGGAACACGGCACCCGGACCUCAUCAUCAACUUUAAUCAAACCCAAAUUGUCAUUUCUGACAACUCCGCCCGCACCUUUGACACCCAAGGAUCAAAGCAGAUCGCUGUUCUUGGCAAAGAAGAGAAAUGUGCAUUCACAGCAGUUGUCGGUGUCUCAGCUUCGGGAGCAGUCCUCCCUCUCCAGUUCAUCUUCAAAGGCGGCUCAGAUUGA